CACAACCAAAGAAAAAAUUAUCAGCGAAACAAAAUGAUAGUAUUAUAUCGCAAUCUGUAUUCACCUCAUAUGAUGAAAUGCAAAAAUUCUUCCAAGCUAUGAUGGAAAAACAGAAGACUGAAUCCAAAGCUGAGAUUGAAAAACAGAAAGCCGAGAUUGAAAAAUUGAAAGCUGAAUUUGAAACAAAAAUGACUCAACAAUCCAAAAAAUCUUGCUCUCCAAAAGAUAUUAGUAGAGAAGAAGCACUACAGUGGUUAGAUAAAGCUUUCCCUCCUCCCAUACCAACUAAACCAGAACGAUUGCAUUCAUCAAAUCAAAAUGCUAGAAUAGAUAGAAUAGAAUUGAAAAUAGAUGAAAUCGGUCAAAUGACAUCUCAAUUUGGGAAGAUGAUGCUUGAUAACAAAAAACCC